AUGCCUUCGCCGAGGAGGUUCUUGGUGGCGUCCACCUCGCUGCCCGUAGCCUUGGGCUGGGGCUGGAACCUGAGCGUGUACCUGGGGCUGUUGCUGCUACUGCUCCUGCUCAUGGGGCUCCUGCUUUGGAUGCUCCUCAAGCAGCUGAGGAACUCCGUGGGAUCUAGUCUGCAGCCCGGGCGCUCUCUGAGAGACCCUCGCCAUGUUGUUGUUUCUUUCCCACAGGAUUCCUACAGAGGCAGUGUGAAAGACUUUGUCAACUUCAAUGCCAAGCAGGAUGCUGAGCUCCUGCACAAGGCCAUGAAAGGCAUAGGCACCGAUGAGGACACCAUUCUCAUGCUCCUGACAUCGCGCAGCAACAAUCAACGGCAGGAAAUCAAGGCGGCGUACAAGAAGGCCCACGGAAAGGAUCUUGUGAGUGCUUUAAAGUCGGAGCUGGGAGGCUUGUUCGAGACGCUCGUUGUGGCGUUGAUGACGCCUCCCAUUUCCUAUGACGCCUCUCAACUCCACAAAGCACUCAAGGGAGCGGGGACUGAUGACGACGUGCUAAUUGAGAUCCUGGCGUCCAAGACCUGCGCCCAGAUUAAAGACAUCGUCAAAGUCUACAAGAAAGAGUGCGGUGGCAAGCUGGAGAAAGAUAUCACUGGUGACACCUCGGGCCACUUCCAAAAGCUUCUAGUGAUCCUUCUGCAGGGGAGCAGAGACGAAGGGGUGGAUGAAGACACAAUUGAGAAAGACGCAAAGGAACUGUUUGCUGCUGGCGAGGGGAAGGUUGGCACAGACGUGGAGAAAUUCAUCAACAUCCUGGGCAACAGGAGCCAUGAACACCUUCGCCUAGUGUUUGAGGCCUACAAGAAGCUGUCUGGCAAUGAUAUUGAGGACAGCAUUGAGGGCGAGACUACUGGAAACCUGGAGAACUUAAUGCUGGCUGUUGUGAAGUGUGCUAAGAGUGUCCCAGCCUACUUUGCGGAGUCUCUCAAUGGGUCUAUGAGGCGCGCUGGCACUGAUGACCAGACUCUGAUGAGAAUCAUGGUGUCCAGGAGUGAGACAGACAUGCUGGACAUCAGAGCCUGCUUUAAGAAGAUGUAUGGGGCCUCGCUCUACAACACCAUUCAGGACGACACCGCUGGGGACUACGGAAAGGCCCUGCUCUACCUUUGUGGAGGAAAUGACUGA